AUGGGCAAACGCAAGAAGGCCGCGCGCAAGCCUGCUGGCCCUCGCAGGAAGGAUCCAUUGGAGACUGCGUUCACAUGUUUAUUCUGCCACCACGACAAAUCCGUCUCUGUCCGCAUCAACAGGAAAGAGGGAAUUGCUCAGUUGCUUUGUAAAGUUUGCGAUCAACGUUUCCAAAGUAAAGCAAAUCACUUGACGGAGCCCAUCGACAUCUACUCAGAAUGGAUCGAUGCUGCAGAUGCCGCGGAGAAGGACGCGUCGUCGGUGCGAAGACCAGCGGCAUCGUCCAGUCGACCAACUCGUGCGCCCUCAGUCGGGAGCGACGACGACUAG